AUGGAGACUUACCGGAGAGCUCUGGAUCUCCGCUCCCGGGCAGAGACGCACUCCGUGCCGGCCGCGGAGCACGCGGGGACCCGCCGCAAAACCACGGUGGCGGAGAGGAGCUCCGCAACAUUUCUUCAACCAACCUGGGUCUCUCUUCACAGGCUGGACAGUUCGUCGUAUGAGGUGAUGCAAUUGGAGUUCGAGGUGGACAACGUGAUUAAUCUGGUGCCGACCCAGACUCUGCACUGGACCGUGGAGUACCCGGCCGGCGCGCAGACGACUCCUCAGCAGGCGGAGAAAGUUUCACACCUCUACAUCAGCAAUGCCGACGUGCAGGGCAUCGUGGCACUGGCAGAGGACACGGAGGUGGUGAACACAGCCAUCCUAACUGGUCGGCACGUGGUGGUGCCCAUCAAACUGGUCACCGUGGAGACGGACGGGCAGGUGAGGGAGGUGGACGACUCGGUCACCUGCAUCUCGACGGACAUCUACGUCAUCAAGGUUUCUCCAAACUGCGACCAGGUUUUGGUGAACGGGAAGGAGAUGCGCGGCCACCAGUCUCUGGCGGUCAACUUCACCUACCUGCACCUUUCCACCCAGCUGCAGCUCACCGUCUGGGUGCCCAAGCUCCCCCUGCAGAUCGAUGUGUCAGACACCGAGCUGAGCCAGGUCAAGGGCUGGAGGGUUCCCAUCGUCACCAACAAGAGACCGACCCGAGACAGCGAGGAUGACGAGGAUGAUGAUAGGAAAGGCAAAGGCUGCACCCUGCAGUACCAGUACGCUUUGGUACGUGUCCUCACCCAUUUUGUCGCAGAGCCUUCCGAUCCUGGAGGAGAGAUGGUCUACAUGCUGGGGGCCGACUGGCAGGCUGAUAUCACUCAUUUAGUGUUGGACCAGCUGAAGGUAGAAGACCAUCGAAUUGCCAGACUAAUAGAUGGACGAAUCCUAGUGGGGCGAGACCUGGGAAUGACCACAAUUCAGGUUUUGUCCCCGUUGUCUGACUCCAUACUGGCAGAGAAGACUGUGACCGUGCUGGACGACAAGGUCUCCAUCACUGAUCUGGGAGUGCAGCUGGUGGCGUCUCUGUCUCUCGGCAUGGCGGCGAGUCCUGGAAACUCUCAGGCUAUACAGCUGACGACGACUGCUACAGACCUGCUGCACACACCAAAACAGGAAGCGGUGAUCAGUGCGUGGAUCCACUACAGCGACGGUUCAGUGACACCACUUGACAUCUAUGAUCCCAAGGACUUCCUGCUUUCAGCAGUAUCGCUGGAUGAGAAUGUCAUAUCAGUCACAAAUCAGGAGCAGCACUGGCCUAUUGUGGUGGCCGAGAGUGACGGACAGGGACCCCUGAUUCGUGUUGAGAUGGUCAUCUCUGAGACUUGCCAGAAGUCCAAAAGGAAGAGUGUAUUGGCAUCUGGAGUUGGCAAUGUGAUGGUUAAGUUUGGGGCGAAGAGUGAAGAAAGAGGGGUGAUGACAAGAGGUGGGCAAGACGACAAUGGAGGUAUGGACAACAGCACCAGCGAGCAACAGACAAAGGAUGGAGGAGAGUGGAAACCCAACAGUGCAGCAGUAGACCGGGAGGAACGAGCCAUGCGAAAGAUCAGUACAACCACCAAGAGCGCAGUCACCCACCGUGCUUCGGGUGGCAAAGCUCCCAGCGGCGGCAGCAGCAGUCGAGGCAGUGGUUCCACCCAAGCAGGAGACUACAGCGGCUACCCAGUUCAAGUGGAGGUACCAGGGACUGGAAACAGUGAGCUCUCCCAGACCACCAGAGGCCUCUCAGACCUGGAGAUCGGGAUGUAUGCACUUCUUGGAGUGUUCUGCCUGGCAAUACUGGUCUUCCUCAUCAACUGUGUCAGCUUUGCUUUCAGGUACCGCCACAAACAGGUCCCCGUACUGGAGGCAGGAGGCAACAUGAACCACGCCCACGACUGGGUAUGGCUUGGGAAUGAAGCCGACCUUUUGGCUGACCACUCGGACCAGUGCCAGGGCGGCCUUCCUGAUGAGUGCACCACCAUUAUUGACCGGAAUGAAGGAGGGUAUGAAGAAAGCAAGUACCUCCUCAAUGGCGCUGGUAACACCCUGGUGAUGGGCGUGGGCACAGGCAUGGGCACCAUCAGUGGGAGUGGCGCCACAGGGGGACACCGAGGCAUCACCCAUGGACAGACUUUGCCCAGAUCUGUCCCAGAACCACAUCAGUGCCUUUCAGCAAUCAUGACCAGUGGCAAAGAAGCCACUGGGCAAAUGGAGCACCUGAAUAAUUCACCCCGAGCUGCGGCUGCAGCCGCAGUCGCGGCCGCCAAGCGUAAGCGCGUCAAAUUCACAUCUUUUGCCACUGUUCUGCCCAACGAUAAUUCGGGCGGAGGUGGCCCGUACACCAACUCUUCAGUCCUGGUGACCAAUGGGAGCGAGGAUGACAUCAAAUGGGUGUGCCAGGACAUGGACCUGGGUCAAUCUGAAAUCAGAACCUAUAUGGAAAGGCUACAAGACAAUCUGUGACUGGAAAAGAGACGGAGUUGAGAGGAAGAGUGCAGGAGGGAGGACGGACAACGAGUACAAUUCACCUGUAAUGCCUUUGCAAUGGAUUAACAGAGGGAGAAUGAGAGGAAAAAGGGAACAGUACAGGGAAAAUGACGAAGACUUUAGGUGAUCAUUGAACGGACAGCGUAGGGGAGGCUUCCGUUUGGCUUCCAGUAAGCUACAGGAGACGAGAAGUCAUCACUAGCUCAUCCUGAAAUUAAUAGUAGCAAACAAUAACAAUAUGAGUUUGUUUUGUAUUAUUUAUUGUGAAAAUAUUAGUGUAAAGAUCAAUAAUGAAAUCACUAUUGGUUAUGAAUGUUUAGUUUCGGAAUACCAGUGAAUCAUUGCAUACUCACAUCACACAGUAAAUUCAGGGUAUGUUAUUGGACAAACAUUAUCCUGAGCCACUAUCCAAGAAGGGGCCAUAACAUCAUUACUUCAAUUUCCAACUCCAUAAGUCAUGUUUUGUUUUGUUUUUUUAAUUCAAAUAGUAUGUUGCCAACAUUAGCUGUUGCCGUUCAGUAAUUAUUGAUCUAAUUUUAUUCGAUAAAUCUGUCCAGUCUGCUCAAUGAAGCACUUAUUUCUCUGAAGAUUCGCUUGAAAGAUACCAUCUUUCCUGGUUUUAUUAUGUGACCCCCGUUUGUGUUGGCGUUGCCCAUAAUUAAAAUG